ACAAUUCAAUAAUACAAUUUUACGCGUUCGCCAAGCUAAACCAUCUACAUACAUUGUUUGUUUGUCGGCAAAUAAAUUGAACUGUUUCAUUGCCAAUUAUUCGAUUAAUUUGAAUAGAUCGUUUGUUUGAGUUAAUUUCAUACAAAAACUAGUUAACAAUUUAACAAAAUAAUCACGAAUACAAGAUGUUUCUUACACGAUCUGAAUACGACCGAGGUGUGAAUACAUUUUCACCGGAAGGACGUUUAUUCCAAGUGGAAUAUGCAAUCGAAGCAAUCAAAUUGGGUUCGACAGCAAUUGGUAUUCGUACACCCGAAGGUGUUGUUAUGGCUGUGGAAAAACGAAUCACAUCUCCAUUGAUGGAACCAUCAACUGUGGAAAAAAUCGUCGAAGUCGAUCGACAUAUUGGAUGUGCUACAUCUGGAUUGAUGGCCGAUGCCAGAACAUUGAUUGAUCGUGCUCGUGUUGAAUGCCAAAAUCAUUGGUUCAUUUACAAUGAACGUAUGUCGGUUGAGUCUUGUGCCCAGGCUGUAUCAACAUUAGCUAUUCAAUUUGGUGACAGUGCUGAUGGCGGUUCGGCCAUGAGUCGACCAUUUGGUGUGGCAAUUUUGUUCGCUGGUGUUGAGAACAAUGACCCACAACUAUGGCAUAUGGAUCCAUCGGGCACUUAUAUUCGCUACGAUGCAAAGGCAAUCGGAUCAGGCAGUGAAGGUGCACAACAAAAUUUACAGGACAACUACACUGAAAAAAUGACAAUAAAGGAAGCAGUCAAUUUGGCAUUGCGCACGCUAAAACAAGUUAUGGAAGAAAAAUUGAGCUCAACCAAUGUUGAAGUAAUGAUUAUGAAACCAGAAAGUUUGUUCCAAAUGUAUACUAAAACUGAAGUUGAGAAAAUUAUCGAAACUCUUCAAUAAAUUGAAUGUUUUUUUUUCAUCUUUUUUUUCGCUCAAUGCGAUCACAUUAA